AUGUUAGUGAAAACUCUAUAUUACAGGUUAGUUGAAGGCACUUUUGCAAAAGCAAUGUUGGUUUUGGAUGAAAAGGGAACAUUAUAUUACGCGUCUUUGGGCGAGGAUUCGAACGCGCUUCGUGAGACUCUUGUUACAGAUUUUGCAUCCAAGCAGCGUCAGUUCCAACUUAAACCGAUGGUCACAUUGUCUAAUCACGAGCGAGCAGAUUAUACAGCUCUAUGUUUUCUUAAACUAAUGGAGGAAGAGGAGGACUGGAAAAAUGAAGGAGAAGAGAGUUUGCAACAGAAGGGUGCAAAAAGGAUACCGAUUGAGUUUAUAUUCGGUACAGAGUUGCAGCGCAAAGUAUGGCAGCAAUUGUUGGAGAUACCAGUCGGUGAAGUAAGAUACUAUGGCAAUAUAGUCGAGGCCCUAGGCCUCCCGAAGAGUGCUAGUAGGGCUGUUGGUAAUGCAUGUGGUGCAAAUAAGAUAGCCUUAGUGGUGCCGUGUCACCGGGUGAUUGCCCAGACAGGUAAACUAACAGGUUACAGAUGGGGAUUAGCGACUAAAAAACAGAUUUUGAAAAUGGAAUUGGGGGAUGCUUAUACGACUCUAGUUUCUGAAUAA